AGAACGUGUAUAUGGGUUGUCCUUAUUGUCUACACAAAAGGUCGACCAGGAGGGUGUCCGAUCUGUGCAUUCGGAUACGCAAAUAAACGUGUCCACUUUACCUAGGAACGCGGUGUUUCAGACUGUCACACAACCUAACGAGUUAGCCUAAACCGUCGUCGCCUACCCCGUCCUCUUUGUUAGCAAUCUUACUUACCGUCGCCGACGGAGGAACAACGUUUGCCACUUAGCGCUCAAAUUAACCUGUAUUCGGAUACCUGGUUGCUGCUCCUCAGCUCUUACGGGGCCGAAGACUCUAGCGGGGGCCUGGAGCAGACGUUCCAUCGCCAGGCAUCCAUACCCGACACUUUUCGCCACCGCAACACAGCUCGUGUUGCCGGUCAGCCAUGGGGAGUCAGCAACGGGACGCGAAGUGGCUAACGGCGCAGCUCUCAAAGGUCCUGGGAUGGGACGAGCUUAUCGUCGAAGGUUUGGUGGACACUGUGGAGCGGGCCGCGGGGCCUGGAGGGGACCGAGAGGAGCUAGACGAGAUGAUUCAGAACUUCAUGGCGGACAGUCCGGCAGGCAUUUCCCUCAUCAAUGACUUCCUUUCAGCUUCGCAAAAGCAACACAAGCAGCAGCAGCAGUGGUCGCCAACAGCACCAGCAGCAACGGCCACACCCGUACAACAACAACCUAACCGCGCCACUGCAACUGCUGCUACUGCUGCUGGCGGCAGUAGCAAUGCUAGCGCCGCUGCAGCAGCUGCUGCUGCCGCCACCGCUGCCGCUUCCCGAGCCGGCAAGUCCUACGCUGCAUCCGCCUCGACGUCGAACCCCGCAUUGGGUACCAGUGGCGGCGGCGGCGGCGGAAAGGCGAGUGCAGCGCCGGCGGCGGCGACGACCGGUUGGCGCGGCGCCGCCGGCGGUACUGCCGUCGGAGCGGGCUCGGGUAGCAGCGGCGGCGGCGGCGGAAAGGCGAGUGGCGCCGCAGGUGCUGGCGGAGGUGAUAAAGCGGACGACUUUGGUCAGUUCGUCCGGACGGACAAUCGUACGACAAGCGGCUUUGGUGGCGGCGGUGGAGGGAAGGGCGGUGGCGGAUUUGGGGGCGGCAGGGCGGGUAGCAACCGAGAUCUGCAGGAGCUAGAGGCCGGUGCAGCAGGUGCAGAGAAGUCCUUCCCUGCGGAUGGCGGCAGCGGUACGGCAAUGGGUGGCGGCAACGGCAAGGUGCUGGGCAUGUUCAAGGCGGGAGGGCGGCUGAAGACGCCUGCAGCUAAGCCGGUGGGGGUGCGGGGCCCUGACGGAGGUGCCCUGGCGCUGGCAGCAGCCCUGGAGCGGCAGGUUGUGAACUGCCUGGGCUGCGGUAAGAUCUACGACUGCCGCUCCGCAACCAACGACAUCAUCCGCUUCCUGGAUCGAGGUGGCGUUUGUACGUUUUGCGGAGAUACCGUACCUCUGACGUACAAGGACCGUCAAAAAGCGGCUGCAGCUGCCGCCGACGCCACCGCUGCAGCGGCUGCCGCAGCUGCUGCCGCUGCCUCCACGGCUCCUCCGUCUGCUGCUGCUGCUGCUGCUGCUGGGGGUUCCCAGGAGGACGCUGCGACGGCUGCUGCCAAGGCGUUCAAGGAUCGGUUGGUGGAGUACGACAGGAAUGCUGCAAAACGUACGACAGUCAUUGACGACCAAAGUGAUUACUUUGAGAUCGACACCAAUGCGUGGCUGACAGACCAGGAACGCGAGGAGUUUCGGCGGCGGCGACAACUCGAAGAAGAAGCUGAAAAGGCGCGACGGCAGCGGUUAACCUACACGAUCGACCUCAUUGGGCGUAAGGUUGUCCUAGACGAGGAUGUACGGAAAGAGGCCGAGGCAGCGGCGGCAGCAGAGGCAGACCGAGCCGCCGCUGCCGCCAAAGCUGCUGCCGCCGCCGCGGCAGCAGCGGAGGUGCUGCGCAACACUGACGGCGCUGCGGGAUCAGCGUACGGCAACGGGGUUGCCUUUUCAGGCAAUACGCUUGGAGGCGCAGGAGGACCCACGCGAGAGCAGUUGGCGGCGGCGUUGGAUUCCCUUCGGCGGUUAAAGACAACUGCUAAUCCGAUGGCUGUAGCUGCUGCCUCAGCUGCUCCGUUGUUCCUUCCGACGACGGCAGUAGCAGGGAAGGGUACUGAUGGAGGCGGUGGUGGGGGUGCGGCAAAGGCGCAUGGAGCUAGCAGCUCUGCGAAAUCUUCGGGAGCAGCAAAGCAGCGGUUUGGGCCGGCAGGGGCGGCGGCUACGCGUAAAGGAGCGCGCGCGCCCCUCCACAGCCGUGUGCAGCAUGACUUGGGAUCGGAGUUCGACCUGUUCGGAGCAGAGGUCGCGCUGGAGGAGCUGAUGGCGGGCGGUAUGGACGGAAACAAGGAGAGCGAGGAGGACGGUCCGUACGACAUUUGUCUCCCGGAUGCUGCUGGAUCCUCUGCUGCAGCCGGCGGCACAUCAACUUCGUACAAUGCAGCCGAAAGCACUGGAAAUCGAAUGGCUGUAGCGAAACCGCCGCGUGCAGUACCAGGCCUGCCGCCGGGAGUUGUACUGCUAAAGGGCUACCUGUCGCUGGACGAGCAAAUCCGCAUCGUACGGCAAAUACGAGAUCUCGGCGUAGGGCCCGGUGGAUUCUACACUCCGUCUUACAAUACGGGAGCUCGCCUGUCUCUCAAGAUGAUGUGCAUGGGGCUUCAUUGGGAGCCCCGUACGAGCAAGUACGAAACCACACGGUCAUCGUACGACGGAGCGAAGCCACCCGCCAUUCCCUCCUGGCUCGUGGACCUCAGUCGCCGUUGCUUGGACGCCGCGUCAGCCGCCGCGGCCGCCGCCGCUUCGUCUUCCUCCUCGUCCUCCGCCGCGUCAUCUUCUUCAGGCUCCGCCACCCCCUCCUUCACCCGCUUUCCCUCCAUGGUGCCGGACAUCUGCCUCGCCAACUUUUACGAACGUUCCGGCAAGCUGGGCAUGCACCAGGACAAGGACGAGAUGGCCGACUCGCUGCGUGCGGGUUUGCCCGUCGUGUCACUCUCCAUUGGAGAUGCGGCGGACUUUCUGUACGGCAGUACUCGGGAUGUGGAGCAGGCGAAGAGCGUGCGGCUCGAGUCAGGCGACCUGCUUGUGUUCGGCGGCCCCGGCCGCAUGAUCUUCCACUCCGUCUCUCGGGUGCACUCGCACACGGCCCCCCAGCAGCUGCUGGCGGCCACGGGGUUGCGACCGGGGCGGCUCAACCUCACCUUCCGCCAGUACCGAGCCAAGUAGACGACAGCAGCGGGAACAGCAGCGGGAACAGCGUGAUGGACUGGAAGGGUGACACAGCGACCAACAACGAACGCAACAAUAUGAACGAAAAACGUUGAAAUGAGCUGCCGUGUGAUGACAUGUUGGUUGGGUUGGGAGUUGGGGAAGACUGAGAGAGUAGGAAGCUUAAGUGGUGUGGCACGUUUCUGUUGGCCAUGGCGAUCGGUGGGUAGGCCACGCUAGGUUAUAGCAUCGAGAGGUUGCAGGUUGAAAAUGGUGCGCGCUUGUGGAGCAUAGCGUAGGAGUUAUCAUGCGGAAAAUGUAAUUGCAGCAGGAUGCUUGUAGGUUUUCCAAGGAUGCAGUACGGGAGGGUUCCGGAACUAGAGUUGCACACCCAAAUUGUGUUAUGUCAGGCUCUCCCUGGACAAUGGCGUAUUCUGGUUGGAAUCGAAGCACACCGGUAGCUAGUAUCAAUGCGCGAGCAGGUGCUGGUGGUGGUUGCCUGAACACUUGCCGAAUUAUGAUGCUGCGCGCCUGUCAGUUGCAGAUUAUGCGGUAUUUGGCUAUGCGGUAUGUAUAGCGUGUAACGUGCGCCGUCCUCGAGCCAACGAACAACAACGCAUGAUUUGCCCGUACAAUCCCGAGUUCCCGUGCCGAUCCAUGCAGAAAAGACGCGGCAUUCCAGGGCAGCAUGAACUGGGUAGUUAGACUCAAGCGGCGUUGCGUGAUGGAUAACAGUUAUACGUGAU